CUGAUUAGGACGGCGCGAGCGCCCGGGUCCCCACUGGCCGCGCCGAUGGGCUGCUCGCUCCGAGCGCGCGGGUGCUAAUUGCGCUGCGCUCUGUCAAAGAAACUUUGAUUUAUUGCGGGGAGGGGUACCCGAAGAAUGGUGACCGGUGGCACAUGGAUUCGGUAGAACUUUGCCUUCCUGAGUCUUUUUCCCUGCACUACGAGGAAGAGCUUCUCUGCAGAAUGUCCAACAAAGAUCGACACAUUGAUUCCAGCUGUUCGUCCUUCAUCAAGACGGAACCCUCCAGCCCAGCCUCCUUGACGGACAGUGUCAACCACCACAGCCCAGGGGGCUCCUCAGACGCCAGCGGGAGCUACAGUUCCACCAUGAAUGGCCACCAGAACGGACUGGACUCGCCUCCUCUCUACCCAUCGGCUCCCAUCCUGGGCGGGAGCGGGCCUGUCAGGAAACUCUAUGAGGACUGUUCCAGCACCAUUGUGGAAGACCCCCAGACCAAGUGCGAAUACAUGCUCAACUCCAUGCCCAAGAGACUGUGUCUGGUAUGCGGAGACAUCGCCUCUGGAUACCACUAUGGGGUUGCCUCCUGUGAAGCCUGCAAGGCCUUCUUCAAGAGGACGAUUCAAG